AUGUUUCUGAUAAAAAAUCAAUCUGGCAUCCAUGGUGCCCGAAUUUCUAGAGAAGAACUACGCCAGCCUCACGGGAGGACACUAUGCCCCCGAGGACUGUGCUGCCCUGGAGAAACUGGCCAUCAUUAUACCCUUCAGGAACAGACACUCCCACCUGCACAUCUGCUCAACAACCUGCUGCCAGUUCUAAUACGACAGCAACUGGAUUUUAGAAUAUUUGUUAUCGAUCAGGCAAUGCCGACACUGUUCAACCGUUGUUUGCUGUUUAACAUCGGCUACCUGGAGGCGCUAAAGAUCGACAACUACGACUGUUUUAUCUUUCACGACGUGGAUAUGGUCGUUCUCAACGACAACUGCUUGUACAGAUGUUCUCAACAUCCACGUCAUCUGACAGCAGCCAUUAGUAAAUGGAAGUACAGGCUGCCUUAUUCGUCUUUUUUCGGAGGGGUUGUGGCUUUUACAAGACAACAAUUCAGAGACAUCAACGGCUGCUCUAAUGUGUACUUCGGCUGGGGAGGCGAAGAUGAUGAUCUGAGAUCCAGAGUCGUUAAGGCUGGCUAUAAGGUGAUUCGAUAUCCAAAAGAUAUUGGACGAUACGAUACCAUUGAACACAAGCCGGAUGACGGGAACAGUCCCAACAAAGGCAGGACCAAAUUGCUGCAAUCUUUGAGGGACAGGCUGGACUCUCAGGGGUUGAACACUACAGUCUACCAGGUGACAGCUGUCCUCUUCAAGCCUUUAUACACCUGGAUCCAUGUACAAGUGAACAUGACCCAGAUACUACAG